CAGCGAGCAACUCUCUCUGCGCAACCAUUGCUGUCUCCUUCUCCUCUUCUUCUCUGGCUCUCGGGCUUGGAGGUUCCUUCUUUGAGCUCCCCAUCCCAAACCCAAACACUGUUUCUUCUUCUUCUUCACCUUCAGUUCUCCCUUUUUCUAUCUUCCUUAGCAAAUCCUGCUUUUCUUCCUAUAAACUCCCAUUCUUCUUCCUCUUUCCGGUAAAAAGGUAUUUCUCUUUUCUCUCUCGCCUACAUUUUACUGUGGAUCGAUCUCGUUCAUGUUUUCUGGUGAAAUUGAUCGUGCAAUGUUGUGGUGGCGGAGCGUCGGCGAUGAUGCGGACCUUUUUGCGACGGUGAAAUUGUAGAGAGAUCUGGUGGUGUGUGGUGUUGUUGGGCUGAGGCGAGAGAUGUACGCGGCCGCGCGGCCUCCUCAGCUUUCUGAGUCCAACCGGCAAAUCAUCGGGACCAAUGUCCCAACCGUCCGUGUUUACGAAGUUUGGAAAGGAAGCAAUAGAUUCUGCUUUGGAGGGAGAUUUAUCUUUGGUCCGGAUGUUGGGUCGAUAUACAUCACAGUUUCCUUGAUUGUGAUCCCAGUAAGUCUGUUUUGUGCUUUUGUUUCUCACAGACUCAUUCAUGAAUUCGAGCACCCUAUGGGCAUUCUUUUGGUUGCUAUAUGUGUCAUCUUCACAGUAUAUGACAUAACUCUUCUCCUUCUUACAUCUUCAAGGGAUCCUGGCAUUAUUCCUCGUAAUUUACAUCCUCCAGAACCAGAGGAUGAUCGCUCAAGUAUGUCUGCAGAUUGGGGAGGAAGUCAAAGUGGUGUAUCCACUAUACCACCUACCAAAGAUAUUGUGGUUAAUGGGAUGAUAGUCAGGGUCAAGUACUGCCAAACGUGCACGUUAUAUCGCCCACCACGAUGUUCUCAUUGCUCUAUAUGCAAUAACUGUGUAGAGCGUUUUGAUCACCAUUGUCCUUGGGUUGGGCAAUGUAUUGGUAAGAGGAAUUACAGAUUCUUUUUCAUGUUUGUGUUCUCCACAACCAUGCUAUGCCUAUAUGUUUUUGCAUUUUGCUGGGUGAACAUCGUGAAAAUAAUGGCAGCAAACCAUUGUAGUCUGUGGAGGGCCUUUUCAGAGUCACCUGUUUCAUUGAUUCUUAUACUAUAUACCUUUGUAACUGCUUGGUUUGUUGGAGGUCUCACUUCGUUUCACCUCUAUUUGAUUUUUACCAAUCAGACAACUUAUGAGAAUUUUCGAUAUCAAUAUAAUGGAAAGAUGAAUCCUUAUAACCUUGGUUGUGCACACAACAUUGUGGAUAUUUUCUUCUCAAAAAUUCCUAAGUCGAAAAACAACUUCAGGGCAAAGAUCAAGUUAAACUCAUCUUCUAUCCUUGCUGCUUCAAUUUCACAUGGCCGGACAAUGAGUCCAGAGGUGCCAAAAACAAGCUACGACAUAGAGAUGGGAAAACGGCGUGCUGUUGCUGCUGAAGAUUUUGAAGAAAUACAGAGUCAGCUUGAUGGCAUUGGCAGAUUCGAAAGAUGUGGCACAGAACCAAGACAUGUGCACUGGGAUGAAAUGACCAACUGGGAGAUCACACCUGAAAUCCAUAGGUUGGCUGCUGAGUUUGGAUUAGAACAUGGUUUAAAAAGCAGAAAAUGAAGAGGUAAAUAAAGAUUGCUUUUAUAGCCUGGAUUAUAGUGGCGAAUAGACACAUAAUGAUCUCAUCUCAUUGAUAUUGGUCGUCUUGGCCAAGUGGAAAUUCAUGACCCUGAGAGCAAGUGGAAUUACCCAUCAGAAGGUUGGCUUUUCGAAAAAAAAUCCAUGGAAGGUUGUUUUAAAUUGUCUCUGCAAGGAAUGCACUAUUCUGGCACAGGUAUGUAUGGCACCGCGUAGAUUAAACCGAAUUGCUAGAUACUUGGGGUGAGCAUUGUGCUGUAAUACAUUUGUUUUUCUGGGGAUUUAGUUUGGCGCUGAUAAAUUAAUCAGAUAUAUUAAGGUCAAUUUAUAUCUUUAUAUUAGAAGAGUGUUAUAAUUGAACUGAGGUAGUGUCUGUUUAUAUUUUUCUUCUUUUCCCAUAUUUUAUUACUGGGUUUUUGGGUGCUUGCUUUUACAGAAGAUUGUUUUCACUCUCAAAUUCCUUGAAUACAAUCGUUGUUUUUUA